UUUAUGUCUCACACCACCAAAAACGCAGCGUUCACCUUUGCGUGGAUGCUCCACUCUGCACUCCACGCUCCACCAGGAGAACAACAGCAAAAACAAAGCAACAGCAGAUCUCCGCCCCAACAGCAGCACCCCAUCCAACAACAGCGACGACCUUGCGGAACCAUCCAUCUGUGUUUCGGUGUUUGUGGAUCUGUCUCUUGCCACUACACGGAAGACGAGCUACUACUAGUCAGUCUGAAUCGGAGCAUAGGUCGCAUUGUCAGAAACAACAGCACGAUAGCAGAAGAGAUAGAGUCAUACUAAUACUUUCGGCUCGCCAAACAAGGACAAUGAGCGGUCGCGUGGAGAUUGGAUCGAAGCGCAGUCGCAACUGCGUGAGCCCGCCUCCAACCGUAGACGAUGAAGAAGACCACGCCAAGGUCAGCAGCAGCAGUAGCUCUGAUACGACGAGUAGUAGUGCCAACGCUCCAGCGAAUUUGGUAUGGAAACAAUGGACGUCCAACUUUCGCAAGACUCGUCGACUCGAGAACGACCUGAUUGUGGAAGAAGGGAUCGAUGCAGCUGUGGAGCGACACAUGAGUUUGAACAAGAAGCGGUCACUGAUGGACGACGACAGUGAUUCAGACGAUGAGGGGAACUACUACAAACUCGACGUGCCACAACGGCGACAUCCUCUGGAAUUCACGCCUUCGGGGUUUUUGCCGCGGCUGGGACCGCAGCAAGUGACUCCUGUCUCGUGUGAUCCGGGUGCCUUGCCCGUUUGUUCCCUGCGUCGAUACGGUCAUGGAGAUGAAGAAGACGAAUUUGCAGAUCGAAUACCGCCGCCUCCGCCUUCGUUUCAUCGAUAUCCCAGUAAGAAACGCGCCGUGGGCUUGGCGCGACCGGAACCCGAGCAAGACUUUUAUAGUCGCACCAUGGCACCGCCGCUAUUCACACGGGGAGUCAGCAGUUUGGCUAUCGAAAAGGAGGGGCUCUUGAAAAAAUUGGCUGCAAAUUCGACGGUCAGUAGUGCUUCUACUGCAUCGACGGCAACAACCACUACUGCUCCACUCUUUUCCGCAUCACUUCCCCCUCCAUCGUGGCCUCCCGCGCCUCCCAUGCUAGGUCUUGCUUCCAAAUUACAAUCAUCGCUUCCACAGGGAGACGCCAAGUCGAAUAACCUUCAAGAAAACGCCGUAGCCAACUGAGCUAUGUCCUUUUUUGUAAUAUCAAUAACUCAACAAAUCCCCUCUGCUCCGGAUGGAAUGGCAGGAUUUUUCCCCGAUUUAUUUAGAAUCCCAGAAUUAGAACUCACGCACAGCAAAACAAAGGUGGAUAGGAGUCCAAAGAAACCUUCCCAACGAUUACUACCAAUGCUGGUGGUACCAUUUUAUUUGUUGUCCGCAAGGGACUGACAUGAUAGGCAGCUAUGUAUCUACCGUAAUGAUUCUCGUUUCCUUAGAAACAUCACAGGAAGAAACAUUCUACUAGCUACCGGUAUUGUGCAACGUGUACGGUACCAAGUCAGAUCCACACUAAAGAAAGGCGGUGACGAUACCGGUAGAGUUUGUAGAGGAACGAACAAUCCAAAACACGAAACGGGGUUAGACCAAAGAGAACGGAAUUCGAGCAUCGAACGCAGGAUCCUAGUCCGGGCACUGAUUACCAGGCCAGAAUCAUUCGAUUCGGGGACGGCGGUAACUGGAAAGGCUUGCUGGAUGCUGCAAAUAAAAUGAAAAUCCCGGCGGAGUCGAGUUACAUACGGUGACGGAGAUAGAUUUUGGCCAGCGUUGUCACUCACGAAUAAUCCUUUCAGUGGCGGCAGACACGUGGGAGUGUUGGCAUGGGAUAACUAGAUCUGAAUGUAAGGCCGCUACAGUACGGACAUGAAACGUUACGAUAGACAGUAAGAGCGGGAGGUUGAGCUUGGACAACAGCCAGCCAGUAGGCGACCACGACGUGCGACUGGCUCGUCAUUGUCCAAUUCGGGUUGAAUGCAUUCCAAAUGCAUUGAUUUCGUACCGUGCUCUGGUUUCGUUUCGUCAAUGUACAUGUAGCAACCGGUGGACUGUCAGUUGUUUGGCCCUGGCUUUGCUUACAGAAUGGUUGAAUCGAAUAGUUUCGUGGUUGCUGAGGGGUGGCAUGACGGCAAAGUGACAAUCUACCAGUACAUACGACACCAGCCACAAACCACUCGACUCCGUAGAAGAUUACGAAGUCGUUGCAGUCCGACACAAGAUCGAAUCCCACAACAUUGAAGGCGUCACAGCGCGUUCAUUGAUCCAGAUGUGGGACCUGGCUGGUGUUGCCUUGACAUCAUUUGCUUGGGGAAGCUUCAUGUAUUGAAGGGCGUCCCGUUGGAAUGGGUUCUAGCCUGGAUUUGGUCUAGAGGGACAGGUAGAAGCGUGUGUCCUGGGAUUGAAGUUUGGCUCCAAAAGUUAGACUGGGUGUACCGUAGGUCUUGGAGCUGGACCAGAUAUCGGUCCUGGUGGCCAGUAUCAGGUCCGGGGCUUGCUUUGAUGUCUGUUCAGGCACGCGUUGGACUGGGAUUGAGACCUGGAGUUGGACCAGGGUAGGUCCCGGUGUGGUAGGUGCAAGAUUUGGCCAUGUAGUUGGUCUGGGUGCUGGGGCAGGUCCAAGGGCAGUGCCAGAUGUUUGCCCUGGAGUUGGUCUGGGG